AUGAUCUUGGCCAGUAUUUUUGUGUGUUUCUGCCUGGUGUCGGCUUACAACUAUUUGAGACAACGUCAACAGCGCGGACUUAAAAAUCUGGGAGGACCCUUUUCCUGGCCUCUAUUAGGCGCCAUGCACGAAAUUGUGCGGCUCUCUCCAAAGAAUUUCUUUGAGCGCAGCUCUGUCUACUUGGCCAAAUAUGGCACUGUGAGUCGUAUUUGGGUUUUUCACAGACUCUUCAUACCUGUCGCCGACUUGGAAUUAGCUAAGCAACUGCUGCAGAGCGAAACGCAUUUGGAGACGGGCCACGAGCUGAUGAGCGACUGGCUGGGCGACAGCUUGCUCAAUUGCCAGCCGCAACACUGGCCACAGCGACACCAAAUACUCUUGGCACUCUCACAGCCAGACAACCUGUUGCAAUUGAACCAGCUAUUUCAGCAGCAGGCCGAGCAGCUCUGUCAACAGCUAGCGGCACAGGCGGAAACGCGACAAGUCUUUGAUGUGUGGCAGUUGGUCUCGGACAAUGUAUUGGACCUGAUGCUGUGCAUCAGCUGUGGCAUGCAGCCAAGCGAGCGGUAUAAGCAGGCAUUUAAAGAUCUCAUCGAGCUCUAUCGCAAGCGUUUCUUGAGCGUACGAUCAGCCAAUCGGCUCACCUUCUUGCUCGGCUCGCCACUGAUGCGAAGACGACAGCAACGGCUCAUACGACGCAUCAAUGAGGAGAACAAACAGAUGCUGGAGCAGCGCAGACAGCGCACUCUUGCUUUGGCCUUAGUGCUGAUUGCACGACAUCCGGCCGUGCAGCAACGCUGUCUGGAUGAGCUGCGCCUAGCUAGUAGCUCAGCGAAUGGGCGCUUGCCCUACCUGGAUGCGGUGCUCAAGGAGACACUGCGGCUGCACCCACCGCAGUUGAUUGUGAGUCGUGAGCUGAGUAAAAGCUUUGAGUACACUCAUUCAGAGGUGGGCGAUGGCGUUCUGCCCGCUGGUGCUGAGAUCUACAUCAAUCUCUAUGAGCUGCAACGCGCUGAGCUGGAAUAUGGCGAUAAGGCGCAACUCUUCAAGCCAGAGCGCUUUCUGGAGCAACUCAGCUUUGGCCUGGGUUCCGCGCAGCUGCCCGGCGCAGCAAAUGAGCUUUAAACCUUGCUGCAACAGCUGGUGGCGCCGCUGCUGCUGCAGUACGAGCUGCUGCCCUACGGCGAUGCACUGCGACUAUCUACGCUUGGCGCUGGCUCGAGCAAUGGCUUCCAGUUGGGCGCUGCAGCCACGUUUGAACAGCAAACAAGAUUAAUUAGAUUAAAGAUUAAUUAG